AUGCAGGGGUUGGUGAGCGACAAGACGUUCCACUUGAAGUGGAACAACCACCUGCAGAACUUGAGCCAGCUGUUCACGACCAUCUACUCGUCGUCGGCGCUGGCCGACGUGACGCUCUCCUGCCGGGACGGCACCCUCAAAGCUCACAAGCUCGUGCUCUCAGCAUGCAGCCCUUACUUCGAACAAAUAUUCAGGGACAAUCCCUGUCAACACCCCAUCGUCAUCUUGAAGGGGAUCCCAUUCUCGGAGAUCAAUCUUCUGGUGGAGUUCAUGUACAAGGGGUCCGUAGACGUGCAGGAGUUGGAUCUCCAGUCUUUGAUGCACACAGCGUCCGAGCUGGAGAUCCGAGGACUAGCGUAUGAGGCUCGAGAUAACGCUGCCCAGAUGUUGAAUGUCAACUUGGAGUACCCGACAUACCCACAGACUCAAACCUCAGUGACGGCUACUCCUCAGACAUACCCCCAGUCAAGAACAGAUGUGGAGAGGCUGAAACAGAUCCACAUGUACCAACAAUCCAUGAUGCGCGCUGAAGAGAUCCGGCGCCGGCGCCGCGAAGACAACCCUGGUACCCACACCGCCGUCAACAAUAUCCUGGCUGCUGCUGCUAGGGAGAUGGAGGAGGCCAGGCAUGCAGCUAGAGCUGGGGAGAGAGUGGUGGCUAGCAUCCAGACUGAACAGGAGCAAGCUUUGCUUGAGAUGGAGGAGAAAUCAAUUGCAUCAGAUGCCCUGGCAGUCUCUCCAUUCUGGAUUGAGAGAGCGAACAGAGCUGGAAGAUUGACGGCGUAG